AUGGCUGUCAAAGAUAAGAGCUUAUACCAUGCUACUGACGAUUUGAUUCUCGCAAACCCUCGAAAAUAUUACCGCGCCCUCAUCCACACGAGCCAUUGGCAGUUGCGAUCCCUCAUUAGCUCACCACAGCAGGAUGUUGUCUUCUACCCUAGCGAAAACGAAAUAAUCCGAUUGAAUACUAGAACCCGAGAACGGGAGGUCAUUACAACCUUGUCAUUCCCUCCGCGAUGUCUCAAGGCGUCGGGCGACUGGGUCUGCUGCGGAGGGGACGAUGGGCAUUAUGUAACUGUGUGCUUGGAUGAGGGGAGGAGGUCCAUCCCCUCUUCAAAUACCGAUCCUGAUGCUCGACUCCCACUAGACCUCGAUCCUCCACGGCGAUCAUCACUCCACGUACCAUCCCCGACUUCAGAUGCGAUCACAACACCGCUCGGCUCUCGAGGACCACUGUUUACCAAGGCUACCAAAAUUGGGACAGAAAUAGUCAACUGCAUUGAGCUUUGGGCGCCAACGUCGACUUCAUCGCCAAAGGCUUAUAAAAUCCCUGUUGCAGUGGUCUCGAAUAAUGAUCGCACGGUAUCAAUCGUUGAUGUGUCCGAGUCCCAAGUCCUGGAAGAGUUGGUAUUCCCAGACUGUAUAAAUGUUGCUGUCAUGUCUCCAGAUGGUGAAUUGCUUAUCGCCCUCUGUGAUGACCCUUAUCUCUAUGUUCACGAAAGGGUGCAAAAGCCCCCGGUCAAGAAGAAGCAGCCCGAAGCAAACCAGAACGCACAGUAUGAAUGGCGCUUGCGGGGAAGGAUACAGCUAGAGGGACAAAAGGAAUCCGACAAGACGGUUAUGCGGGGGAGUUUCGCCGCGUCAUUUUCAAGUUCGGGCAAAUACCUAGCUGUCGCCACGCAAUACGGCGUGAUAUCUAUCUUUGACACGGCUACUAUUGCAAGAGAGGAUGCCGACUCAUUAUUAGAGGUCUUUACCAGCUCCCGACCAGGUCGUGAGGCUGGCACCGGGGCUGUACGGGCUAUGCAAUUCUCCCCCGGGCCCUUCGACCUCCUUGCGUGGACAGAAUCAAGCGGCAGGGCUUGUGUCGCCGAUGUUCGCAAUUUUUUUCGUUCGCGGCAGCUCCUCGAGAUCGACUCGCAUGCUGAGGGGGUGGAAAGAAUCAUUGUGACGGAGAGAGCAGGGGAGCCUGUCAUAGACCCAAGAUUACGAAGCUUCCGAGCCGAAUCCCCUUACCCUAGCAGCACUUCUCCAGAUUUUAUGAGCCUAGAUAUUGAGCGUAGUCGUCAGCUCAGGCAACUCACUCGGGAGAUGAUGGAUAGGCAUCAAGCUCCACUGACAUCAGAAGAACUGGACGUACUUCAGGCACAUAGAAUCGCCCGCCGACAAAGAGAUGCCGCAAAUGCAGCGCGUGAAGCUCUGGCAUCAGCUGCGGCCAACUCCAGAUCAGUGCCCAGUUCCAGGAUAUUCAGGGGCUCCCAGAGACUGAUGCCAUCGGCAACGGUUAUGCAAGAUUUUGUGUCUAGUGAGCGUUCGCCACCGUCGAUCAGGGCUUAUAUCAGUGAUCGUAAUCAGGAUCGCAAUCAGAAUCGGGAGAGACGAUCACAGUUAGACCCAGGUUCACGGCAUGUCAAUAUGUUUCAACUAGCCGAAAGCACUGUUGAAAAUGAGACGGGGACUGAAAACGACGCAUCCUCCAACUUGGAGCGGCUCAGCCUGUCCGUUGCACCGCGUCUAGCUGCGAUUGGCAGUGACCCGGUUGGUAGCGACUCUUCCCCGAGCCCAUGGCCAGAGUUAGACUCACUCUACCGGCCAAGACCUCCCUCUGAUCCUCCGAUUACCAGGUCUGCUAGGGUUCAAAUUGAGGCAGAUGACGAUGUUCGAACAGACUUUGCUAAUCGAUUGCGGCAGCCCUGGCGCCCUCUGAAUGAUCGCCCUACACGGGGACUUCUUUUUCGAGAUGAGACUUCGUCCAUCCUCCGAGGGACACCUCGCUCAGGGACAGUCGCGACCAUGGGUUGCAGCUGGAGCCAAGAUGGCAGAAUCUUGUAUGUUGGGGCCGAAGACGGUAUUCACGAAUAUCAUGUUAUUGGAGCCGGGGCAGUAGGAUUAGCUAUUGCAAGACAACUGGCGGGGCGAGAUGGGACGAGCACAGUGCUCAUUGAGAGAAACGGGGCGGUGGGGAUGGAGACCAGUUCACGAAACUCAGAAGUCAUCCAUGCCGGCCUCUACUACGGCGCCGACAGUCUCAAAACCCGUCUCUGUAUCCGCGGCCGGCAGAUGAUGUACGUCCUGUGCACCAAAUACUCCAUCCCUCACGCCAACAUGGGUAAAUGGAUCGUAGCCCAAACAGACCAGCAAUGGAAUGAACUCACCAAGCUCCACGCAUUUACACGCACCAUUGAAGGCGCCCCAACACACUUCGUCUCCUCAGAGCAAGCCGCACGGGAAGAACCACACGUGCAAGCCAAAGCCGGGAUUCUCGCCUCGCCCACAACGGGAAUCAUAGAUUCGCACGCAUACAUGCAAUUCCUGCUAGGGGAUUUAGAGGAGCGUGGCGGGGAUGUGGCACUGCAUUCGCCGGUGGUUAAGAUUUCCCCUCUGGGGAAGAAUGGGAGUGCCGGGUGGGAGAUUACGACGAGGGAUGAGAAGAGUGGAGAGGAAAGUACAUUUACAAGCGAGACGGUUGUUAAUUCUGCGGGGUUGGGAGCUUGUAAUAUCAAUAAUAUGAUCCUACCCCCAGAGAGACACCAGACGGCUUAUUACGCCAAGGGGAAUUAUUUCUCUUAUGCAGCUUCGACGCCUACCACCAAGCAUCUUAUUUAUCCUGCGCCUAUGCCGGGGUUCGGUGGGUUGGGAACGCAUCUCACGCUUGAUAUUGCGGGACGUAUACGGUUUGGUCCGGAUCUGGAGUGGGUUGACUCGCCGGAUGACUUGGCUGUCAAUGAUGCAAGACUGGCGGAAGCUUUAGAGCAGAUCAAGAUGUUCUUGCCCGGGGUUAAGGUCGAUGCUGUGCAUCCUGAUUAUGCGGGUAUCAGGCCGAAGUUGGGGAAGACGGCGGUUGCCCAAGGGAAGGGGUUUAUGGAUUUUGUUAUCAGGAAGGAGGAAGGAUAUGAGGGGUUUGUCAACUUGCUGGGGAUUGAGAGUCCCGGGUUGACAAGCAGUUUAGCGAUUGCGGAGAUGGUUGAUGGGUUGCUGUAUAGGUGA